AUCCCCCCACCUCCGCCUCCCCCGAUCCCUCCCCCCACCCCCUCCUCUCCCUCCUCUCCCCGCCUUCCCAGGUACCCCGCCCGUCUGCGGAGCCCGGCCCCCUCGCCCCUGGCCUCCGCCCCCCAGGAGAGGGGCCCCAGGGUGGGGAGGGCGAGGCGGAGGGUGCUCCCCCCCAGGAGGCCCCCCCGGGCCCCCCGGCUGCCCCCGCUCAGGCCCGUCACCAACCUGAGCUUCUCGCGCAGCUUCACCUUCUCCUUCUUCGAGCUGCCGCUCCACCAGGCGCCCCGCUGCCGCGCCGAGCGCAUCCGGGACCUCAUGGUCCUGCUCCGACAGAUUCAGUACUGACCGGGACACGACCGCGACGUGGACCGAUUCAGAUCCACGCGUCAGGGUCCUCACGGGGUCAACGUGUACAGACUUGACGGCGACUCGACCGCAACACGACCACAUUCGGAUCCGUGCACCCGGGGCCUCAUGGUCCUGCUCAGACAUUCUGGAUACAGUCUGACGAGAACACUUGUUUGUGUGUCAAUUUGUGUGUGUGUGUGUGUGUGUUGUGAGAGAGUGUGCACAAUGUAGAGGAUGGGUGGAGCUCAGUGGUGGAGCAUUUGACUGCAUACCAAGAAAUCACAUCCCUCCUGUACGUCGCUUUGGAUAAAAGUCUGCUAAAUCAACGCAUCCUUACAUUCUCAAUAUCUACUGUGUUUAUUUGCUAGUGAUGUUCUAAAAACAUACACACACACACACACAGAGGUGCUCAAUCAGGUGCUAGCAGGAGAGCUCUGGUUGAAGAGCUGAUAGGCCGGGUGGUUGAUGUGUGGACCUUGACACUACACUGGGAUUAGUCAGAACAACAAGAUACAGAUCGGUCUCACUGAGGGAACCAGGUAUACAAACCACUACCUGUCUGUCACACAAGUCUCAUGCCUCACUCAGCAAGGCUCUGGUGUGGAACUGACUUCCCUUUGUUACCCAAGCACUACUUGUGAACCAGCUGCAUGUCCAGGGGUUCGUACCAAAUACCCUCCCCAGCUCCAGCCUCUUCCCAUCCAUCCAUCAUGCAGAGAACCGCCAGGCUACCUUCCCCACUUCUCAUGAGUGGAGUGGAAUAUCAGUUUGUACAAAGUCGUCCUGAAGUCAUACUUCAGUACUUCUGGUGGGGUUGCUUUCACAAGAUGUUUGGACAGCAAGCAGGAAUACUCACUAGCACAGGAGGUUUGUGAAGAAGAACUCAACAAACGCAAGAGUCUCCACAGAGCACCACACUCACACACAGAUUUUCUCUCCUUCAAACUGGAUUUCCACAGUCAGGGGGGCAGAAGGAUUUGAUUACUGUGGAUACUGCAUGAAGAGGAAUACUCUGACCACCUCAGAACUUACGAUCCAUCCUCAAAAAAAUCUGACUUUGACCUCUGACUACUGACUUACCUACAUAGAGAGACUUGGUAUCUGUCAAGAAACAUCACUAUCCACUGGCCUAAAGGAACCAAUCAAGCCAAGGUUCAUUCUAUUGAAAGAGAAGCACGUUCAACGACACACCUGAGACACCCGGCCUCCACUGACCAGCCCUGUCUUCAGACCACAGGGCGAUUUCUUCUACCCUGACUCCUUGAAGGGCAGUCCCAGGCUUCACCUCUUACACCUGAUCCCCUGAUCCCCUGACCCCUGACCCCUGACCCAGACAUGGAGGCCAGGAGGCGUGUGGGCUACCAGGUCGACAGGGAGGUGCUGAACGAGGAGAUCGUGGAGGACCUGGCUGAGAAGUCUGAUGUCACCGUCCCAUUCUCUCAGAAAGUCAGAGAGUCUAUGAGGUGCUCUGGCCCCAGGGUGAAGAGCUGUGUGCUGGGCAGUGUUCCUGUGCUCUCCUGGCUGCCCCGCUACUCUCUCAGAGACAACGCCAUCGGGGACCUGGUCUCUGGCAUCAGUGUGGGCAUCAUGCACCUGCCACAGGGUAUGGCUUAUGCCCUGCUGGCUGCAGUCCCUCCUGUGUUUGGUCUCUACUCCUCCUUCUACCCAAUCCUCAUCUACUUCCUCUUCGGAACCUCCAAGCACAUCUCAGUGGGCACCUAUGCAGUGAUGAGUGUGAUGAUCGGGGGGGUGACGGAGAGGCUGGCGCCCGACUCUGACUUCAUGGUCUGGAGCAACGUGACCAACGACAGCAUGGUGGACGUGCUGGGGCGCGACGCGGAGCGGGUCAAGGUGGCUGCCGCCGUCACCUUCCUGUCGGGCCUCUUCCAGAUACUGCUGGGCCUGGUCCAGUUUGGCUUCGUGGUGACCUACCUGUCCGAGCCUCUGGUGAGAGGCUACACCACCGCAGCAGCCAUCCACGUCAUCGUCUCCCAGCUCAAGUACACGUUUGGAAUCAGUCCUGGACGCUAUAGCGGACCACUCGCCCUCAUCUGGACGGUGUUCGAUUUGUGCUCCCUGUUACCAGAGACCAACAUAGGCACGUUGGUGGUGAGCAUCGUGACCAUUAUAAGUCUCAUUCUCGCCAAGGAGCUCAACACCUACCUGGGCCCCAAACUACCUGUCCCGAUCCCUGUGGAGCUGCUGGGGAUCAUUAUCGCCACUGUGGUCUCCUGGCAAGUGAACUUGAAGGAGAAAUACGGAGUGCAGGUGGUGGGCGUGAUCCCCUCUGGCCUCCAGCCCCCAGUGCUGCCCACCGCCUCGCUGUUUGGUCAGGUGAUCGGGGACGCGUUUGCUCUGGCUGUGGUGGGCUACGGCAUUGCCAUCUCUCUCGGGCGCAUCUUCGCCCUCAAAUACGGAUACAAAGUGGACAGCAACCAGGAGCUGAUAGCUUUGGGUCUCAGCAACACCGUCGGAGGGGUGUUCCAGUGCUUCGCCAUCAGCUGCUCCAUGUCUCGCACCAUGGUCCAGGAGAGCACAGGAGGGAAGACACAGGUGGCUAGUGCUCUCUCAGCGAUGGUGAUUCUGGUUAUCACAUUGUGGAUUGGGUCCCUCUUUGAAGAGCUACCCAAGGCAGUGCUGGCAGCCAUCAUCUAUGUCAACCUGCAAGGAAUGAUGAAACAGUUCAUGGACAUCCCAAUGCUUUGGAGAAGCAACAGAGUGGACAUGAUGGUGUGGGUGGCAACCUUGGUUUUGACGGUGUUGCUCAACCCUGACAUUGGUUUGGCUGCCUCCAUAGCCUUCUCCAUACUCACAGUCAUCUUCAGGACCCAACUACCAAAGUAUUCGCUCCUUGGCCAGGUUCCUGAGACUGACAUCUACAGGCCAGUGGAUGAAUUUAACCAGGUGAAGGAGGUGCCAGGUAUAGUCAUUUUCCGUUCAUCUGCCACCCUCUACUUUGCCAACGCGGAAAUGUACAUGGAUGCCCUGGCAGAAAAGACGGGGAUAGAUAUCACCAGGAUGUUGUCAAUCAAGCAGAAGCAGGAAGCUAAGAGGCUGAGGAAAGAGAAGAAGGAGGCCAAGAAAGCCAAGAAGGCUGCCAAGAAAAAUGCCCAGCACCUGGGGGCGCCAGAGCAUCCUGAGAGGGAGGACACGGAGGACGAUAUGGAGCACAAAGAUGUUGCUACAGUGGAGACCGGAGAGCACCCAGACUCCUCCAUCCCUGAGGCCAUCAUCCUGGACCUCAGUCCUGUCAACUUCCUGGAUACGGUUGGCGUUAAGACGCUACGCAAUAUCAGGAAGGACUACAGUGAGAUCGGCAUCCACGUGGUCCUAUCAGGAUGUCAGACCGGGGUAGUGGGGAACCUGGAGGCCGGAGGAUACUUCAACGAGAAAGUGACCAAGGCCUGCCUGUUCUCCUCCAUCCACGACGCCGUGCUCCACUGCCAGAGCUGCAAGGCAAACACCGGCCCCGUCGACGAGGAGAUGGCAGCAACUCACUUCUGAGAGCUGACAGGAGCUGAGUUGUCAUUGACAACUGUCCGAGUCCUAAUUCCUGAACGAGCGCACCGACCUGGCAGUGGGCUGAUUCAUGUACGAGGUGAUUGAAUCCCACUGCCCCGUGCAAGGAACAGAGCACGUCUCUUCGGAAUGGCUUUUUUACUAUUCAAAAUGAUAAAAACCCUGUUUCUGUGUUAAAGUGUAUGUGUUGAAUAGCUGGGUAUUUAUAUUAUUAAAAAGAUGAGCACACUGUUCGUUUUGUUCGAAA